UCGGUCUCCGUGCACCUCCGCAGACUGUGCUGGCACAUUGGAGAGGGAGAGGGAGAGGGAGAGGGAGAGGAGAGAUAAAAGGCACAGUUUUUCGGACUUGUCUAGAGAGAGAAAGGGACAGGAGGUAGGCAGAAGAACGGUGAGGGAAACCGCUCCCUCUGCCCACUCCCCACUCUCUCCGUCUCCCACUUCGCAGUUCAUCCUCCUCCCUAGUCCUCACUCCUCCCCACUUGCCCCCUCCUGGCUCCGACUCUUUCCUCGCAAUCUUUGUCUCAGCGGUGAACUAGUGGGCCGAAUCUUGGGUCCAAUCCUCGACCUUGUCACGCGGGGAUGGAUUUCGACGGCGCCAUUGGUGAUCAGGGGUGAGCUCUCUCGGCUUCUUCACCUUCGCGUGAUCCAGCGUCGUACGGCGAGUGAGAUGUGGGGAUGGCAAAGUCAGGAGUAUGGUCUGCAGAAAGAUUUGUUAGCUGAUCCCUCUAGCAGCUUGUGGGGUGAAGCAAACAACAACGUGGGUGAUGCUUGGAGCAUGUUUGAUGAGCAAACUCCAAUUAAACAUUGUACAGACUUAGAAUUUCAAUUCUGUGAUUUAGGAGAUAUCAUCGUCAAGGACUUUGAAGAAGGGAAGGAAACUUUACAGGCUAAACGUAGACGCAUGCUGCAGUUCUGUCCAGAAAAUGUCAAGAUCGACUGUCCUAUGACUGAAGAUGGGCUUUCAGAAAGUCCGCAAAUGAAUAUGGAUUUUUCAGGUGACAAGUGUUUAUUGAACUCUGAUGGGACAGAUGAACUACCAGAAGAAUGGCUAGUUGAUUGCUCACAAGAUAGUGAGCCUCAUUGCCCACCUGAAGAAAUGAAUAGCCCUGCUGCUGCCGUGGGAGAAGCCAAUGUCUCUGUGCAUCAGAAUUCUUUGGCUUGUGAACAAUCUAUCGUAGUUUACAACGAUCCUGUGCAAGCUAGACCUACACCGCUGAAAGCUGGCAAAAGUAUUAUUAGAGGAAGAAAGUUGAGAACAUCGGUUGCUUUCCCUUUCGAGCUUAUCAAGCCAUGCAGUUUCCGUGGUGACAUCACGCUGAAUGACAUAAACGAGAAAAUCCAUGCCCCGCCACCCUACAAGAUCAAGCAUAAGAAUGACGAGGAGCCAAACUCACACCAAGCUUCAGCUAUUUCUGGAAAACCUGUAGUCCACAAGACGAAGAUCCACACCGAAGGGGGAAAGGGAAGCAUCACGAUCACAAGAACUAGAGGCUAAGCGCAGGCCAUUGGGACGCAAGCACGGUGCCUAGCUAGUAGGAAAUUUGCCUUGCAUUUCUGGUGUACUGGAUUUGCCCCCAUUUGAUUUGUGGCCCAAGAAAUGCACCCCGUUAGUAGAGUGAUUGUAGCAGUUAUUUCCCUGUCAGGGGAUCAACAUUUACCUGUGCUUGCAUGGUAGUGGGAUAGAUAGCAGGGGUGUGCGUGUAGGGGUGUGGGGAUUGUGCUUCUUUUUUUGUUCUUGUUCAAAGGCGAAAGGUUGGUGUCAUCAGAUAAGUAUGGACAUAUUGGUUUGGUGAGAUUGUAUAAUCUGCAAGAUCUGAACUUCACAGUCA